CUUACUUCUACAUGCUCCCCUCAGCCCAGAUGAGCUGCCUUUACCUGCGAUUCAGGCUCCCACCUGAUGCUCAGAACAGCCUCCCAGAAGCUGCCUCCAGUAGAGCCUUUGGGGCCACAUAGGCCUGAAUCCCAAUCAAGUCCCGACACUGAGGCAGGAAGCGCUGGGUAUGGUUGAGGAGUCUGAAGAAAGCUGGACAUGAGGACGGGAGUGAGGAGAGGGCCGAGGGAUGGGCCCGGUCAGGCGCGUGUAGGGCUUGGGUUGGUGGAGUCUCUCUCUGGUGCAGACAUUCCGUUCCAGAGCCUUCGGUACAAGCUCGGACAGAUGAAAAGCUGUGUGUAAAGAACGAGCUUUCUGCAGAAGUGGAGAAUCCGGCCCGGCCUUCCCCAGUAGCCCUUCCCGGCUUCCAGUGGCCCCUCCUCCUGGGAACAAAGGACGAUGGAAAAGCCCAUGGGUGGAAGGAAGGCCCAGACCCCAGAGGAGGAAGUGCAUUCACUGAAGGACACACCCAAAGGAGAGAAAGCGUCGUCUGGGGAGGAAAGGCCAAGCAAGAGGUCCACGUUGGCCAAAAAGCACGGCAAGGAACCCAGCCCGAGUCCUGAGGAUGAGGAACAUUUGUUUGAUGCCUUCGAUGCUUCGUUUAAAGAUGACUUCGAGGGGGUUCCCGUGUUCAUUCCUUUUCAGAGAAAGAAGCCCUAUGGGUGCAGCGAGUGUGGACGCAUCUUUAAGCAUAAGACAGACCACCUCCGCCACCAGCGGGUUCACACUGGAGAGAAGCCCUUCAAAUGUGAUCGGUGUGGGAAGCUGUUCAGGCACAGCUCUGACGUCACCAAGCACCAGAGAAUCCACACCGGAGAGAAGCCCUUUAAAUGCAGUGAAUGUGGGAAGGCCUUUAACUGCAGUUCGAAUCUCCUAAAACAUCAGAAAACGCACACUGGGGAGAAGCCGUACGAAUGCAAGGAAUGUGGGAAAGCCUUCGCCUACAGCUCAUGUCUCAUUCGCCAUCGGAAACGCCACCCGCGGAAGAAGCACUGAGCGUGGGGAAG